AUGCCUCCCGCAAAACGACCCAAGCUGGCCGCCCUGGCCACGCCGACCUCUGGCAACUUCCCAUCGGAUGCUCUCUUGUCUGCCUCUUCAGUACGGACUCCGCACUCAGCAUCUAUCAAGGGCUCGCUGCAGUCGGCAGGCCUUUACUCAGCGGGUCUCCCCUCGGCAGGUCUGCCCUCAGCACCUUUCGAGUAUCCGCCAACUCCGAGCAUGUUGUCAGGAAAGCAGGAGGAGAAGCCAGAGCCAACUCCAAUCACCCCACCAUUGGCCUAUAUGGAUUUCCUCAAGACGAUCAGCGUCGCGUCUCCAUCGGUAUCAAGCCCGCCGCUUACGGCACCCCUGAUGGGCAAGACGCCGCUCAACCGGACCUCUACGGCCGGUAGUACAGCCAGCACCGUGACAUGCAAAUCGGAAGACUCAGCAGCGGAGAGCGCUGGAGAGGUCGACCUGGACAGUGCGCCUACAACAGCAAGCAGCGAGGCCACAGACUGCAGCUGCUCAUGCGAGCUUGUGCAUAAAUCUUCAAAACCAGCGCAAAUUUCGGUUGCUCAGCCCGCCUCGCCGUUGGUCACAUUACCCCUUUCGGCGCCUGCAAGUGGGCCGACCACCUUUCCAAGCCUCCGCAUACCGCCAAGCCCGGCCGUCGAGAGCCCUGUGCGAUCACCUUUCAGUGCACGGAGCAUCAAGAGCCCGUUUGACUGGGACGCGGCCCUGAAGGCGAAGAGGUAUGCGGAUGUGAAGCCCCCGACCUCGGCAGUGGGAACUGGAGGAACACACUCGAGCCGGUGUGAGAAGGGCAAGAGUGUCAGGCACAUCAGGGAGGUGGUCACAAGGACGGUGACAUACACGCCGAGGAUGGAUCCGGCACCCAAAGGAAAGAGGCGGAAAGUCGAAUGA